UGGUCGAUCUCGCCAGUCUCUUUUGACUUCGACUCACGAACGGUUCAUUCCACAGAACGCGCGCGAAAAUCAACAUUUUUGAAAAAGUUAAGCCCAAAGUCAACAGUUCUUUCUCCACCGUCCCACGAAUCUCAACCAAAAUGAGCUGCGGAAUCUCCAUGGUUAAAUAUAUACUAUUUAUAUUUAAUUUGCUCUGUUCGAUAUGUGGCAUUUUGCUGAUCGUGUUUGGAGCUUUGCUGUUCAGCAAUAUUCACAGCAUCGAUGACUUCGCGGAGGCCGUCAGAAACCAGCAGGUUCCGAUUACCAUGAUCGUCCUGGGAGCCGUUAUCCUGCUGAUCUCAUGGUUCGGCUGCUGUGGAGCUAUCCGGGAAUCCUAUUGCAUGUCCAUGACGUACUCGAUUCUAUUGUUCGUCCUGAUGAUUGGCCAGCUGGCCUUGGUCAUUUACAUGUGGGUGCACAAGGAGCAGUACCUCAAGCUGAUGGGCGAUGUGGUGGAGAAGGCCUGGGAGCGUCGUACCCGUCGUGCCGACUACAUGGAUGCCAUUCAGAUUAGCAUGGAGUGCUGUGGACGCAGCAGCUACACCGACUACUCCUACCAGGGCUUCUUCCCGCCCUCUUGCUGCAAGGACACCAACAACUGCCGCUCGGACACCGUCUACAGGCGAGGCUGCAAGGGAGCCUUUGUUGAUUUCUGGGACAGGAACAGCGACAUCAUCAAGUAUUCCGGUCUGGUUAUUGCAGCCAUUGAGUUUGUUGGCUUUGUCUUUGCCUGCUGCCUCGCCAACAGCAUCCGGAACUAUAGACGUCGUGCGGAAUACUAAUCUCUAAACUAUAUAUAUUUAAAUGAAACAAAAAGUACGAAUUAUGUUGCCCAAUUUAACGAAUUCAUCACCUGAUACGGAUGGCCAUUAAAAUUUUACAAAUAUCUCAAGUUAUUAUGCAGCGAAAUGAUCGGUUUUAAAGGAUCAUAUGUAUGUGCAGAGCUAUAAUCGAUUGUGCUAAUUACUUAUUUUUUUAAUUACUGUACAAAUUAAUUUAUAAAUAUAGAGAUUGCAAUAAAAUGAGACAUUUAUUUUACACAA